AUGCUCAUCCCACUAACACGUCCCUCUUCCUCCUCCCCUCCCCUCCCACCUCCUCUAGUCAAGCUCGGCACCCAGCUCUUCCUACUAGAACUUCAAGGUUCGCUCGAAGUGACCGGGACUCCCGAGCUCGGGGAAGGGGCAGUAGGCCAGCUCAGGAUGGGGGAGAAACCGACGCUGCAGAUCGGACAUCAUCUACUCGAAGGGAAAGUCGUCACCCUCCCCAAACCCCUUGCCGUCCUCCGCAAGCGCGCCUCGCGACCACACUCCACCGAGCCCGAGCCCCAGCCCGAACCCGAACCCAUGAAAACGGAAGACGAAGACGAGGCCAUUGAGAGUCCUACGGCGGGAGGAACGACCUACGAGAUCCUCGAGAUCGUACGUCUGAAAUUGUUUUUUGCGAGACGGCCUGCGCUGGUGGUUUCCAAGCCUGGUGCGGGUGCGGGAGGGGGGAAGUAG